AUGGCCGAAGAGCAACCGAACGUCUUCCUGUUCUAUCCAAAUCUCAUUGGAUAUGGUCGCAUCAUUCUAGCCAUUCUUGCUUGUUAUGCUAUGAGCGACUGUCCAUUCACUGCCAUGCUUUGCUAUGCAUUGAGUGCGGGUCUGGAUGCAAUUGAUGGGAUGGUAGCAAGGGCAUACAAUCAGAGCAGCAGAUUUGGUGCCAUGCUAGAUCAACUCACUGAUAGAUGUGGCACUAUGGCUUUGUGCAUGGCCCUAUGUAAAUUCUAUCCUGAUUCGGUCUUUUGGCUUCAGAUGAGUACUGUGAUUGACAUUGCCUCUCACUGGCUACAUCUUCAUGCUACUGACCUGACUCAUGCUGAAACACAUAAAAAGAGUGACAAUCCCAUUUUGCACCUUUAUUAUACGAACCGGUCUUUCCUUGGAUUCAUGUGCGGAGGCAACGAAGCGUUCUACCUGAUUCUCUACGUUCGUGCUUUUUGGCCGGGACCGACGAUAUUUGGAAUUUACCUACUCUCGUAUCUUGCAGCUAUUGCAUUUCCAAUAGCAUUAGUUAAAUCGGCUAUAAGUCUGGUUCAUCUAGUUACUGCAGCUCAGACAGUUGUGAAGUACGAUACUGAUGCAAUACUUGCAAAACGACUGCAUGUCACUAAGAGCGAUUAG